GUUGUUUUGAUGUUUGGCGCCAAAAAGCUGCGGCGGACGGCUGAGGGAGGAGCGUGUGCCCAGGGAGGCGGCGAAUUUCAUCAUUUUUGUGCCUAACAGCAACAUAAACGUCUCUCUCUUGAUCCGUGUGGUGCGGGUCGCCUCUCAGCACCAUGGCGCAGAGCUCGAGGAUGCGGCCCACGCGCUACGCCCAUUUUGAGGGGCACACGGACCUCUGCUACAGCCAUGACGGGAGAUACAUCAUCACCUGCGGCAGCGACGGGGAGGUGCGUGUGUUCGAGGGCCUGGACGAUGACGAUUGCAAGACACACAUGGUGGCCGACUGUGCCCACGCCAUCGCCUACAGGGAUGGUCGUUUCCUUGUCAGUACGGACAGCAACAUGGUCAAUGCCUUCACUCUGGAUGACGGCUCCCCGGAUGGCAUCAUCACCCGCUUCACCGGCGCACCUGCUACCCACAUCACCGUCAGCCCCGGGGGAGACCUGGUGGCAUGUGCUGGAAGCGACAUGACCAUCCGCGUACACGACCCCAUCGCGUACAAGGACAAGGAGUACACAGGUCACCAGGCGCCAGUCCUCUCUGUUGCCCUCGACCCCAAAGGCCAGUACCUCGCCUCCUCCUCAUGUGACGGUAGCGUACGAGUGUGGGUGCGCGAGACCAGUGCUGUGGAGGUGUCAUGGGCCGUCCUUCCGAAGAGUAACAGCUUCUCCGCAUCCCCCACGCUCUGUCGCCUGUCCUUCACCCCAUCCGGCACCUUCCUGCUGGUUCCCGUCGGCCCCAAGGUGCUGCUGUAUGCUCGGGACGGCUGGCGGCUCAUCGGGGAGCUGUCGAGUGAGAGGGUGAAGGAGACCAUCUCCAUCGUGGCCAUCUCCCCCUGUGGUACCCUGGUGGCCGGGGGCUGCGUCGACGGCACGCUGGCGGUCUGGUCCCUCGACACCCGCGGCCUGGUAAUGGUCGAGCGCCACCCUAAGGGACUGUCCUACUCUGGGGUCGCGUGGAACCCCUCGUCGGCCAAGAAGGAGAUCGCGUUUGUUGAUGUGAACGGACAGCUGGGAACGGUGGUGGAUGUGCCGACGACGGGUGGUAUUGGGGUUGUGGAACCAUCGUCAUCAUCAUCCACCCCACUCCACGGCCUCGAGAACGGCUUUGGCGGCGCCGAUGACAGCAGCGAGGCGCCGUUCCCCCCCCUCGACACAGCCGACGACGACGGGGGGGCGGACGACGAUGGGGACGAUGAGUUUAGCAUCAGCAAGAUCAAGGCACAGCUGGGUUUUGCCGAUGAUGAAGAAGGGACGUUCCUGGGCCUCCCCUCGUCGUCUGCUGCUGGGGGUGGUGAUGAAGCCGGGGCGGUGCAGCAGUCCAGCGCCCCGGCAGCCCCGCGGGUGGAGGGCAUGCGACUGCCGGAGGUUCAGAAGCCCUUCCAGCCCGGCAUGACCCCAGAGCACCUCACUGAGCGAUAUAUGCUCUGGAACAACGUUGGGGUUGUGCGCCAGUACAGCGGAGAGGACGAGAGCAGCAUCGACGUGGAAUUCCAUGACUCGUCCAUCCACCACUCGCUCCACAUCAACAACACGGCGGGGCACUCCAUGGCGGCGCUCUCCACCCAGGUGUUGGCACUCGCGGCGGAGGGCCAGGAGGAUCAACCGAGCAAACUCGUGGUCCAGCAGCUCUCCGGGGGCAGCAAGGAGUGGCAUAUCGACAUGUCCGAGGGGGAGGACAUCCUGGCACUCGCGGUUGGCACUGGUUGGAUCGCUGCUGCCACUGACCGGAGGAACCUGCGCGUCUUCGGCACCUCCGGCACUCAGAGGGAGCUGAUGGCACUGCCCGGCCCCGUGGUGUGCCUGGCGGGGCUUGAGGAUAUGCUGUUGGUGGUGUGUCACAGUGGAGUGGGAGUCGCGGGAGACCAAUGCAUGUCCGCUCUGGUCCUCUGCGUCGGGGGAGAGCGCCACCCAGUCCCCCAGGCCACCCCACUGCCCCUCUCCCCCCGCGCGUACCUGGCAUGGGCGGGCUUCACCGACGAGGGCACCCCACUCACCAUGGACAGCUAUGGGGUGGUACGCCUCAUGAACUACAGCCUUGGGUAUAACUGGACGUCGAUUUUGAACACCCGAGCGCAUGCACGCAGCAAAACCGACCACUACUUUCUGGUGGGGGCGAGUGAGAUGCAGGGCAAUGUGAGGUGUGUGUUCUGCAAGGGUGCGCGCUACCCCCCCACGCUGCCCAAGCCCCACGUCACGCUGCUUGAUAUUAGGCUCCCACUAUGCGAGGCUGACACGGAGAAGGGUGAGCUGGAGGAGCAGAUGGCGCGCACCCAGCUCACCCUUCACACCCUCACCCGGCGGUCCGAGGCGGCUGGGGCGGAUGACGGCGGCCUGGCGGAUGAGCAGGAGGAGGCGGAGCGGCGGUUGCAGGAGGCCAUGAUUAAACUGUUUGCGCUGGCCUGCCGGAGCGAACGAGAGUGCCGUGCCGUGGAGGUGUGUCGCCUGAUGCCGAGUGUGGCCACAGUACAGCUGGCCAUCAAGUACUCCGCCAAGCUCCACCGUCUGGCCCUGGCGGAACGACUGGGUGGAGUGGCGGCCGCUAAGGUGGAGGAGGAGGGGCAGCGAGCGGAGCGGCGGCGGAGGCACAGGGCGGAGCAGGAGAUGGUCAGAUACGGCCAAGGAGGAGGAGGAGGAGGAAGAAGACAGGAGGAAGAAGAGGAAGAGGAGGAGGAGGAAGACAUGGAACAGUCUCACCUUCCUUCCCUAACCCAGGAGGAAGAAGAGGAGGAGGAGGAGGGGAAGGAGGAGGAGGAGCAACAAGGCAACCCCUUACUGGCUGCAGCGCGGAGGAAGGCUGGCAUGGGCGCCGGAUCUCUGAGCUUCUCCCUCCUCGCCAACAAGAACCCAUUUAAGAAGCCGCUGCCAUCCGCUCCUGCUCCUUCCGCCUCCUCCUCCUCCUCCUCUAUGUCUUCCUCUAUGUCCUCCUCCGCCUCUUCUUCCGCCUCCUCGUUCUCGUCCUCCAAGCGUGGUAUUGAUGUGAUUGAUAGUUUCCGGAGGGCUAUGAAGAAGGAGUCUCCGAGUGUUCUGCGUCCUGUGUUACGGAAACCCCAGAACAAGCAGAAGAAGAAGAAUGACAAGGACCCCAGCACCCCCCCCAGCAAGGCCCCAGGGAAGGAGAACCAGCUCUCCUCCCCCCAGGCCACCCCCAACCCCUUCAGGAAACCCCAGGGUGGCACCGAGGACCUCCCCGACUUGACCCUGACCACCCCCGCCACCCCGGUCACCCCCAAGCCCAAGCGUUCCGCCCUGCAAAUGUGGAUGGAGGAUAAUAUGGAUGAGGUGAGGGCGGCUCAUCCGGAGGUGGAGCAGGAGAAGGAGCUGCUGGUGAAGGCCGCCCUCAUGUUUAAGGACCAGGAUGUGGAGGUGAAACAGAAGUACAAGACACUCGCCAGCGCCCCCACUCCCACGGCUGCCUGCGCUCCCACACCCACGCAGGAGGAGGAGAGGAAGAGGCCCAGGGAGGAGGAGGAGGAGGAGGAGGGCGAGGGCAAGGAGGAGGAGGUCAAGAAGAAGAGCAAGGGGUCCGGACUCAGCAAGCUGUCGGCGUUUGUGUUCGCGACGAAGGACUCGUAGAAAAUGUAACCUGGACUAUUUUUUUUUUAUUAUUAUUAUUAUUAUUAUUAUUAUUAUUAUUUUUUUUUUUUCAUGUAGAUUAACUUUUCUGUGUGU